AUGCACUUGAUUAGUUCUCGGGAUAAUCAUGGUGCGCAGUUCGCGGAACCUCACGGCGACGGACAAACACUGCAGACGGUGGUCGAGAGCGACACCGCGACACCACGUGGCCUGUCGAGCCCCGCGCCCAGCGUGCAGCGGCUGACGUUGCGCUCGCUGGCGGCGCACGACACAGCGUCUACGGCGAGUGCGCGGGAGCAAGCCUCGGACGUGCUGUUACCAGUGUCAGUCGGGGCUGAGCCUCUAGCCCCCUGGUCGUCACCGGGGAAGCGUUCGCGCGAGCAGAUUCGUUCCGGCAGUGUUUGGAUUCCCAAGAAACGUGGCGCAGGUCGCUGCAACUGGGGAACACUGGAUGAAAUCUGUCGCGAGUCAGCGCGCAGCCACGGGGACUGGUGCCAGGCAGCGCUGGAUCAACGGGAUCUGAACUACGCAGAUGAUAAUGAUGAGGAGUACGUGCUCGAGGAGAUUCCGGUCAUGUGCGACACAGCUCUGGCCUCACACGCGACUUCUGAUGCGCGCGCUUGGCAGCCGAAUGGGGAAACUGACACGCUCGGCUACUCAUACACCGCGCAGAGCGGUUCACUCAUCACGAAUGCAAACUCAUCAUGGGAGCUGGAUGAGCUCGACUGGAAAAACCGAGACGCUGCCGAUGCGGCCUGGGAAGAGAAUGGCUGUUCCUACGGGACGCGUUGCUCGAACCUGUACCUUUCCCAGUGA